AUGAAGAUCCUCAAUACUUUUUAUCUGGUCGCAUUCUUCGUUAGCGGUGCUCUGGCCGUGCCAAUGACUGGCGACGUCAUCGACGCAGGCAAGAGAGACGCUUCUGCCAACAGCAUUGGACUGUCAGAGGCGGCCCAGCCUGGUGCUGGAGAUGUCCCGAAUAUCAGAUCCGUGCUGGGCAGGAAUGCUGACGGCGAGAGUGAAGUUGCCGAGGCCAGCGAGUUGGAGGCCAGGCACGGGAAAAAGAACAGGACGGCAAGGAAGUGUGGUAAGAAGGGAAAGAAGUGUUUGAGGCGUGGGAAGAAGCACAGAAAGGGGAAGAAGAAGAACAAGAAGGCUAAAAAGGUGAAGAAGGCAAACAAGGCAAACGCGUACUAA